UAUAGUAACACUGACGACGACAGCAGACAGCUAUCAAUCAAAAUCAAAUGAAUUAUCAAAUAUGGCCGACCGAUCCCUACCGGAUCCCUAUCGGAUCUUCGCAGUUUAUUUUAACAAAUUUUAAGAAAUAACAGAGUACUUAUUAUACGAGAUAACGUUGCCUUACAAUAUAAUGUAAGUCAAAGAGCGUAAUAAAUAUUUUUACGUGCGCUGAAGAUGCCAUUUAAUUUUGUAACCGAAACGAAAAAAGGUGUCGAUAAACCAAGAUUCUCACUAUCACUGAACAGAAAUAAUGCGCCACAUUUGAGCAACGAAAACAAGAAAAAUAACGAGAAUAUUAAAGAGAAUACAGAUCCAUGCAGUUCUGGUAAUAACAAGGAGAAUAAGCCAUUAAAGAGGCCGCUCAAAAGCAUAUAUUCCAACACGUUGAGUGCAGCAAAAAAAUUGAAGCCUCUAAGUGAAUCAUCGAAAUCUGCAGGUCCCACAGUAAAUAGGGACACAGCAACCCUAAAGCAUUCAGACAGAACAUUGAAUCCAGAGCUAGCAAUUCUGGAGGAGGGAGAAUCAAGCUCGGUCAUGUUGAAUGGCCACCACCCUCCUGACACUCAAUAUGGAGGGGUGCAGAAGAAGAUGCCUGUGUCUUCACUGUCCAAUUUGGGGAACACUUGUUUUCUCAAUAGUGUGCUUUAUACUUUGAGGUAUGCACCUCGGUUCCUGCACAACCUUCACCAUUUAGUGUCAGAUCUGGCCAGUGUUGAGCAAAAGUUGGGCAGCAUCAGGCUCAAAAGUUCUUCAUUGGGUCGGAGUGCUGCGGGCUUAGUAUCAUCUGGGACUAGAUCAUGGAGUAGCAAGGACUUGUUGUCAUUAGGCCAGUCAGAUAAUAGUUCUGGAAAAAGUAAAAUACAGAUAGCGACAGAAAAACUUCACGAGACCUACUUUAAUCUUCGUGCAGCUGAGAACAAAUGUCUGAACAGCACCAAUUCUGAGGCUACCCCUGAGCCAUAUGCAGCGGAUGCCUUCUUGGCUGCUCUUAGAGAUGUUAAUUCUACUUUUGAAGGUAAUCGACAGCAGGACGCUCAUGAAUUAUUAGUUUGUAUUUUGGACAACAUACGGGAGACCUGCAGAGCGCUGAGUGCGCGCGCUGCUCGACUACAGAUGCACGAAAACGGAGACAGUAACGGCAUAGGCCGCCAGCCAAGCUUAGAUGGAGACAACGGGAAACCAACAUUAGGAAAUCUUCGUAAGUCGUGGAAGAAACGCAAAGAAAUCAAGGCAAUCAACGACAAAAGGAAUUCUCCGACUGAAGAACGGGAACCGUCGCCUGUGGAUGCUGAGAAAGAUGAGCGGUCGAGACCAGGAUGGGACUUUGUGGCUGAAGAUUUUGAAGGUACGAUGGUAGUGCGGACCAUGUGCUUAGAAUGUGAAGCGGUCACUCAGAAGGCGCAGGCUGUUUGUGAGUUGUGCGUUCCGGUUGGCGAAGAAGAACCAGGAGCGGAACCGUUCCGGGCGGCCUGCCUGUCUACAGAAUACCUGCGUGAUCAGAACAAGUAUUGGUGCGAACGUUGUCUACGGUACAACGAAGCUCGUCGCAGCGUCACUUAUUCGAGACUGCCGCGGUUGCUGGUACUACAGUUGAAACGAUUCAGCGGGGGAAUGGAAAAGAUAACAAGACAUGCACCGACGCCUCUACUUAUGCCUUGUUUCUGUGAGCCUUGCGCUUCCAGACCGCCCGAGCGUGCACCACAGCACAGAUACAUCCUAUGGGCAGUGAUAAUGCACCUCGGUCAGACCCUAACAGGCGGGCAUUACGUUGCUUAUGCGCGCGAUAGUUCUUGUGACUUCAAGUGCUCUCGUGAAGGUAGCGGUGAUGCCACCACAACCUCCUCGUCUUCUUUCAUGAGGACGCUCUUCAACCGACCUCGCCACCCGCCCACUGGCUGUGCAGCUAAGGAAUGUUGCGUCCCAAGACCUAGAACAGAACCAUGCUGGCUCGCAUGUGACGAUGAACUUGUUAAACCCAUAUCGAAUGAGGAAUUCGAAGAUCUCUUGUCGGCUGAACCGAAAAUGAGAUCUGCCGCAACUCCCUAUCUCCUGUUUUAUGUGAAAAGUGAAGUGGGCUAGUUGCAGCCAUGCUGUGUCCCAGUGUUCACGGUGAAUGUCCACUGUGGUUGCGAGGAAGGAGCACUCUAACGUGGAUUUGAUUCGACAAUAAUUUCAGAACAUUUUGAAUACAUUUUUGGUAAGACCUCCAUAUUUUUGUAAGUAUUUGUUUCAAUCAAAAAUGCAAUCUUAUUUUUUCCCUCAUGCGUUCUAGAGGCUCCAAAUCGCGAAACGAAUUCACUGAAGAAAUAAAACUAAAUUACUAUUAUGGAAUCCUUUGGAAUAAGGCAGAAAGUGUCUAAAGACCUCGCAUAAACAUUCACAGUAUUUAUCAAAAACAUUUUUUUUUUUUAUAUCUCUAAAAAUGCCUAUUUUCAUUGGGCGCCAUGAUCAUUGUAAUUGUAGCUGCUUAAAAGACAUGUAACAGACAAGAUAGGCACAGACUAUUAUUGUUUGCCUGAAGUGAUAUUAAGAUUGUAGCGAGCUAAUGCUAUUAGUUAGAUAAAUAGACAAUUUAAUAUUAUUUUGUUCACACACUUGUUACAAACUGACAAAAUAUGUAUUUUUAAUAGUUUGUAAACAACCCCUGUAACAAAAUGGAAAUUAAUGCAAUACACACUACACCGGUGACAACUUAACAUUGCCCUUUUUUUUAUAAACUUCAUAAUAUGUUGGUUCCAUACUUUUCUUCUAAACAGAUUAAACUAUUAGUUCAUUCAACUGGUAAAAUUCUAUGAAUGCUAGAUCUUUAUAAACAACUGCAUUGAGCCACUACCAUAUCUAUAUUAAUUGUAGCAUUCACAUAAAAUUUACAAAAUUAAAUCCCUCAGUUGACUACACUUAUUGAUAUUAAGAUGAAAUACAGAAUAGAUUGUGGCAACAAUAUCCAAGGAAGAAAAAAUGUCACGACAAAUGAAUAGAUAAAGUACAAUUUGCAUUAAUUCCCAUUAUCUUAAUUUGAAUAGUGCUCUGUACUUUUCUACUUAAUUUCUAUUUUUAAAAUGUAUGAAUGGCCUAAAUUAUUUGUUAAUUUUGUAAACAAAUUAUAAGCAAACACAUCUAAUGGAAACUAGCUUUUGUUUGCACUUCUAAUUGAUUAAUGGUGCCGUAUUUCAGAAUUGUAAGCAGUUCUACUAAAACAAUUUAUAAACUGCUGAUAUUAUUUAGACUACUGUUAAACAUGAAUUAUGGAUGACAAGCCUUAAUAGGUUGUGGCUUACUAUUAAUUCUGAUGUUUUAUGAUACAUUCAUCAAAAUAUGUAUAAAUUCCAGGAAACUUAACCGCAGAACAUAAUGUGCCCCAGCAUCUAGUAUGUACCAGUUACAUACCUACCUCAUUUCGUUUCGUUUUUCAAAAACAAAUUCUUUUCUUAAGUCAUAGACAAGAUAACAAUCUUGUUUAAUGUCAUAAAAGAAACCAGAGAUCAAAAGAGAAAAUUCUCUUAGGAAACACAACAAUCUUGAUACAUUACGGUGUUUGAUAUGUUUAUAGUAAAUAUUGCGAAAAAGCGACAUUUCAAUAUGGUCGUCGACAAGCACAAAUUUCCAUCAAUAAAUUCAACCUCACGUUUUUUAUGAAGAUAUGCUAAGGUUUCGUAAUUUUUAUAAACAUUUAUUAUACAACGCACAUUAGUUUAUUUGUGUUAAUAUAAUAUAACAAAAAUAUAAUACCUAUUUAAAACAAUAAUCAUGUAAUUUAACCUCAAAAAAUAAGUAUUGAUGUAAUUUAUGUAAUUUCAAGAUUAUCCUUUGAUAAACUUUGUCAAAUACCUACCUAUAUAAUUAUAUUAAUUUUGUAAUAAACUGUCCUAAGAACUCGUACAUUUCAGAGAAAAUGGUACUGGUUGUCAUUCUUGCUUAAUGUAAAAUAUUAUAUCAUUAUUAUUAUUACAAAACAAAUGUAAAUUGUCAGCUGAAUGUAAUUAAAAUAAGCUUUACUUUUUAUAUAAAAUUUAUAAAUGUUAAAUGUAUUUAAUUUCUUGUUUUUGAAAAUUCACUAUAAAAACCAAAAUUUAUAUUGGAAUAAAGUAAGCUAAAUCAAGAUGUGAGUUUGGUUUGAUCAUCAGUGCUCACGGUCCGCAGCCUGUUUAUAAUACUCAUCCGUGAGUGGAAGACGAUAAAGUUACUUUAAUGGAAAACUACAAAAGAAUAAUUAAGUAUAGUUUUAUUUUCAUUAAAACUAUUUUGACAUAAACUAAGUUUUCUGAGAAGGAAACGGGUCGACGUAAUGAUUUUGUCUUAUUGUUUUAUUUAAAGGAAAACUGAAAUGGUUUUGUUUAUCCUUUCAUUAUUUUCCAUAUUUCAUAUAAAUGCUUAAUUUGGUUGUAAAAUUAUGUUCCAAAAGUUGAAAUGUUCCUUGUUUCGUAAAAAUUCAUAUAAACGAAUGCGAAUGUAAAAUUACCCAA